AUGGCAGCUACUACUACUACUCAAACAGAAGAGUACGUGUCUUUGAAGAUUCUGUUGAAUGAAAAUGGUAACAAAGUGUUGUUUGCUGAAGCUGGUAAGGACUUUGUAGACAUUCUCUUUAGCUUCUUAACAAUGCCUUUAGGAACCAUUGCAAGGCUGGUAGAGAACGGAUCUAGCAUUGGACCAGUUACUGUUGGGUGUCUAAACUCACUCUAUCAAAGUGUAGCUUCUCUUGAUGUAAGUUGUUUCUGUAACGACACAUUCAAACAAAUGCUGCUGCGGCCAAUUAACUCAGCGGAAGAUUAUUGCAACGCUCUUAAACUCAACAUUGAUGACACUCAACCCACCAAGUACUUCGCGUGUCAUCAUUAUUGGAUCGACAAUCAUGAUUUGACAAUAUCAUCAUAUAAAGAUAAACAUAAAUGUUACUGUGGACGCCCUUUUACCACAUCAGUUUCCCUUAAACAUUCCGGUCAAGGAUUUGUUAAUUGUGUUACUACUUUUGUUAUAACCGACGAUCUCACUGUCAUGCCAAACGGAAUUGAUUAUACAAGCCUUAGUCUGCUGCAGGAAUAUGGCAUAACAAAUCCUAGUUCCGUAAAACAAAUAGUUCUCAAUGUUACUAAAGAAAAGGUGCUUGAUCUGUUAAAGCAUUCUUUAGUUUCCACCUCAACUCUGACAGACUUGUUUUUAAGGAAGAAACCAUCCCUAGGGGGUUCAGUGUUUUUCUUGCGUGAUGGACAAAGUAGCUGCAAAAUCGAAAUCACUGUGAAGCUAGUCAUAAGAAAAUCGGAUGGAAAAUUAUUGUAUGCUCAAGGGGAACAAGAUUUUGCAAACAUGCUUUUGAACUUUCUUACUUUUCCUUUAGGAGGAAUUGCCCGAAUAUUUGGAGGGAAGUGUUCCUUGGGCAGCAUCAACAGAUUGUACAAGAGUAUAGCUGAUUUGGAUGAAAACAAAUAUUUGUUAUCAAAUGAAGCUAAGAACAUGCUUGUUAAUCCUUGCAUUGCCUCGCUUGUAACAUUAAGUAAGCCGAUAUUAACAGUUCUGGAACCUAGUAGCGAUAAUAUUAGCGUUCAGUUUUCUAGUCAUUAUGGUAAACCGAUCUAUACUGGAAAGAUUAAGAAAAUGAGUUUUGCUAAUCUGGAGAGACCGGUGGAUGGUUAUGUGAAGGGUCCUGAUAUGUAUGUUGCUACUGAUGAUUUAGUGGUAUCACCAUUGUCACCACUUUCAGCUUUUGGUUUACUUAACCGAUUUAAAACUCCUCUUACUGAUUUGAAGGAAAAAGUUGUCGUUAUUGGUGCCAAAGAGUGUCUUUGCAUUUUAAUGGCUGCUAUGACUUCAUCAUCUGCCCUUACAAAUGGAUUGGCUCACAUCUUAGCUGAAGUCAAGGAGGAGAAAUGA